AUGACCGACAACCAACCUCUAGCAGAGAUCCUUCGCGAUGGACAACUCACCGCCAUCGCCGAGCUGAACCCCGAGGUUUCUGAUCAGAAUAGACGAGUCGUCGACGGUACCAUCACCAUUACAUGGCCUUUCAGCGUUCUCAACAAAUCAAUCGCAUUUCUACUAGCCGAGCGCGACUUUCGACUUCGACGCGAAAAGGGACAGGUGCGCAUUCGAUUCCAUGGCGCUUCAGCAAAGGCUAUUUCGGAUGCUUCUCUAGGAGGUGGCGAUGAGAUCCGCCUAAGCUUGGAAGGAGUCAAAUGGGAGAGGAACGAGACGCAGACGCAGGUUGCUGGUAGCACACUCGAAUGGCAACUCGAAUUCAACAAUCGCCUGAUCCUAAGCAUCCGCAGGCCUGGUUCAGAGCAGGAUGAAGUCAUCAACAUCGACACGCCAGCCACGGAGCCCGAAGCCACCAACGACCAGACCGAGAGCAUUGCGCCUGCUGACAUCACCAUAUCCAACACCGAUUUUGCGAUACCCUCACCACGAUCCCCGAACAUCUCUCUCCCAGCCAAGCGAAAUGCUCCUGAGCGAGAACCAGAAGAGUUCUCGUCUCCCGCCUUUCUCAAGCGAGCUCGAGUUUCAUACGGAGGACUAUUUGAGGGUGGCCUGGACAUUUUCGAUGAGGAAAUCACUAAGAAGGCCAAGUCCAAGAAGCGCUCAAGGUUCAGUCUGCCUGCCAAUGCUUGGAGAUAUACCAGCCAGUCUCCCAGCCCCGAACCCGAUGAGGCUUCCCAGGAAGCAGACGACGCGCCCCAGACGAACGGUUCCCUUGGUCAGAAUGGCACAGUUGAGGAUACGCCAAUGCCCACGCCUCCGCGGCCGCCCAUGAUUGAUCAGGGAUGCCAGACAGUAGACGUCGACUUCACGCCCAUGGCUAGUGUCCAAGUUUUGGCCGAGUCGCGGCCUACCUUUGGGUUUCCGCAGGCGACCCCAACACCACUCCCAAGAACAAAGCCAAUCGAGGCAGGCAAUGCGCUAUUGGGCCACUCCUUGCAAUUUCAAGGAGAAGCCGAGGGUCAUCAACACCUCCAUCCCGAGGCACACCCUGACCUACUCAGUCACUCGCCAAACCACAUCGAUACCGGGCUCACAUUCGGUUUCACCCCUCAAACCGUGCUCUUCCCGUCUGCGCCAGGCCUUUUCCCUGCAGACCACGACCAAGAUGCACCACCAGAGUCGCCUAGUCGCGGCGCGAGGGCAGAGGACUACCCAGCAGAAUUCCUGGAUGCCACUCAUCUCCCCCCUGAAAGUACCGUUUCUCAUCCAAGUCUUUCUGCGCACGAAUCGCACAUCAGCCCCCAGCCUACAGACCAUCAAGUUUCUUUUGAUUCGGCGUCAACUCUACACCCCGUAUUCGACGCCCCCUCGCGAUCGCCACAGACUGCGUGGGCGCCUGAAGUCUCAGCUGGGCCGUUCUCUAAUGCAAUCGCUAGAAGCGAUGUAGACAACCCAGUUGAAAUCUUGAGUUCAUCGCCCAGCAGAGAAGCAAGUCCCAGGCCCUUCUCACCUUCAGGGGAGGAUCUAGCCGAGGACGCUGCUGCGGAAGCCUCGCCAGAACCGGCACUGGAGGAACUCUCGAGUGAGGCAGAGCAUUACCGAGAUGGAGGCGAUGAACCUGGCGACGAUUACGAUCUACGGAACUACGACCGAGCACAUGAUGACGAUGACGACGUCCAAUCCUCUGAAGAAGAAGGUCUAAACAACGACGUGGAGGCACAGAUCAUGAAUCCCGAGGAAGACGAAGCGGAUGAAGAUGAGGAGCUCGAUGGACAGGAAGAGCGGGAAUUGGAUGAAGAGCCCGAUGAAUAUGAGGAGGAAAUGUACGAAGAAGGCUUCGAAGGAGAGGGCCAGGAGUACGAAGGCAGCGAUGGUGAUGCAGAAGGCGAAUAUUACUCGGGUGAAGAAGGCUCCUAUGAUGAGGAGGAGGGAGAAGAGGAAGAAGAAGAAGACGGCGACACACGAGCUGGUCCUCCUGGUCGAUUCGCCCCUCCCGCAGAGCCUGUUUUCAUCAGCUUGCUCUCUGAUUCUGAAGACGAAGACGAAGAUAAGGAUCAAUCAAACCCGGAGCAAGAGCAGGACAAGGAACCAGAGCAGGAACCCCAACAACCACCCGAGGCAGAGUCAAAACCGGAGCCCGAACAGAAACCAGACCUUGCACAAGAGUCCGGGCCCGAACAAAAGGAGCAGCCAGAGCCAGAUUCAGCACCAAAGCCAGAACUUGAACCAGAGCCGGAACCCGAACAAGCAGAGGAGCCAGAAAACCCACCAGAGGAGAAAUCCAAGGAGGAAAAGCCCGAAGAGGAGGUGGCGACAGAGUCGAUCGCCCAGCCAGAGCCAGAGUCUAAGCCAGAGCCUCCAGCAGAGAAAUCACCACGCGCGGAUCUGGAGGAGGCAAAUCAGGUUGACGAGGCAGAAGCCACCACCCCUAGCAAACCAACGGGACCAGACAAUGCCCGAGGUUCUGCUGAACCUUCUACCGGCGAGAUGGAAGUCGACACCGAACCAUCACAUCUUGAAGUAACAGACGCAGGCAAAGAUCAAGACCAUGACAGUGCGCCUCCUGAUAAGGAGAUCCCAGAUGCGGAAUCUGCGCACCAGGCUCCGUCGAUUCAAUCUCCGCAAUCUAUGCCAGCGCAAGGGUCGCAUGCUGGACAAGAUGAAGAACCCGAAGCGGCUCCGGAGAAUGAAAUAUCGACUGACGUGGAAAUGGGCGAUGCGCCCGUCUUGGCUGAGGAAUCGAAAGACAAGGCGGAAAACAAAACCACUGGCUUGAACGAUUCGGACGAGGCUCACCCUGUCACUACCACGACCGAGGAACAAGCUGAGGCCAUGGAUAUCGAUGAAACGCAUGAGGCGCCCGAGGAGCCAACAACGACCAUAUCUUUGGAGAUUGCUGACACGACUACUGUUGUCAGCAAAGAAGUCGAUGGCACGAUUGCGGAGAGCGCACAGGGGCCAUUGGGGGAAGACAAGGAUAAGGUCACCCCAGUCGAGGCCCCAGCUGGGGAAGAAGCGUUUGCAGAACCACACGGUACCCCAGAAAAUGGCGUCGAGCCAUCGAAAUCGCCAACCGCUCCCGCAGCGGGGGUUGCCCUGGCCGGGGAGAAGACGGGUGCAGCCCCAGACAAUCGAGAAGCAGUCGUGGAAGCUCGAGAAUCUCAAGCCCAGGAUCCAGCCGAAUCUCCUGACGCCACAAUGCAGGAUGCUUCUUCUGAGCUGACAACAGCGGCUCAGCAGCAGCCAACAGGUGCUGUAGACCAAACGGGCCACGGUGAGGGUGAGGGUACCGGGGAAGCUGGCAGUGAUGAGCAGCUGGCAGCCGAUGGGCAGCUGGCAACCCAUGGCCAGAUGUCUCCCCCGCCAACGCAGUUUUCUCACGCACAGGCAUCUCAAGACACCAACAGAGAAGCACCCUUGCUUUCUCAGGCUACAUCCAUCAUCUCGAACGAUCACCACGACGCCCAUCUUCCCACCCCUGGCGAGACACAGCAGGAAAUUGAGGUCGAGAUGGCCGUCACCAUCACCACGGCCACGACCAACCAAGACAUGCCGGCCGACGAAGGUGAUGUAGGCCCAGAGGAUCAGAUCAUGGCCGAAAUCCUUCAGCACUCCCCCAUUCGACCAGACACCACCCUUCAGCUUGCAAGCCCUGCCGCAUGCUCCCCCACAGCUUCAGUGCCCAAAUCGUCUCCCCAGACUGUGCAGACCGAGGAACUUCACGAAACGCCAUCGAGAACCGCUCGGCGGGCGCCCGAAGCGGCCCCUGUCACCAAGUCCCUGCGCAGCCGGCGCCAUAGGUCAAGCAAAUCAUCCGACCAUGCCGACCUCUCACAGCCUGACCCCAGUAUUCUAUUGGCCAUAGGAUCGGCCGCACCGACACAUGGGGACGGUCAUGUCAAGCACAACAGCCCAACGGGAUCGGUUCGUGUGACGCGCAGCAGGGCGGAGCAGAAUGAUCCUAGCCUCCAGUUAGUGAGGGCAUCAGCGCAGGCAGAUGAAGGCAAGGGCAGAGGAAAGAGAAAGGCUGCCGACAGUCAGAGCAUUGCGAGCGCAGAAAACAGCUCGCCAGGAUCACUGAGAGUGACCCGUCAGAGGGUAGAGGAUGACCCCAGCAUUCGCCUCAUCAAGGCGUCGAGCCCUUCGACGCGACAGACACGAAGCCGCAGGACGUCGGAUCACAGGCGCGAGACCCCUAAGCGUGAGACUCGGUCAGCCUCUCGAAGCCUACAGCUUCGAGGAGAUACACCAGGGGCGACUUCAGUAGCGCUCAAGUCACCGUCUAUUGCAGGGUCUGCUGCUACAGCGGCUGAGGACGAAAAUGUCGGCACAGUCAAGCUGCAGCUGCUUAGGAGCCUGCGCACGACCAUGCCCGACUACUUGUCGCUCAAGUCGCUCAGACACUCACUGAACAAAACAACCGACAUCCUGGCCAUAGCGACAGCAACGCCGGAGAAGGCACACCGACCGAAACACGGGCCCCGGGAUUAUAUGCUCACCUUGAAUCUCACCGAUCCAUCGAUGGCUCCCUCCGGGGUUUGUGUGGCCCACAUCUUCCGGCCGCACCUCGCCGCUAUGCCGGCCGUCCACAUCGGAGAUGUGGUCCUCCUCCGGCGGUUCCAGGUGGUGUCAAUGAAGGGCCGGGGCUUUGGGCUCCGGGCGGGGGAUGCCUCGGCAUGGGCCGUGUUUGAAAAGGCGGGCGUGGAGAUGGAGCCGCAGGUCAAGGGCCCGCCCGUCGAACUUACCGCGGAUGAUGUCAAGUACGCCGAGGGCCUACGGCGGUGGUGGAGCCUCUUAGAUGACAAGGCGAUGGAGAAGAUCGAGAGGGCCAGCCGGAAGGUGACCGAGGCGGGCAAGGACGACACCAAAUAA